CUAAUUUUCUAGAAUCGUCUCUCAUUUGCGCGAUAACAGAACCCAGCCCGGUUCCCCAUGCACAGAUUAUACCAACUGUUGGGCGGGACAGCCUAACUCUAACCUGCCAGGAACCGACCGGAUGCGCCUCUAGGGGCGAUCGAGGCAGAUCAGUAUGUAAGGAGAGGGAAAUCCACCGACGCCAGAAAUCGACGCCUGAUUUUUCGCUACGAUUGAAGCACUUUGGGAGCGACGAACGCGCUUCGAUGCCCGCAAACUGCUCAAGAUGAAGCUCGCGAUGCUGUCUCUCCUCGCGCUGGCGACCGACGGCGUUCUCGGCCGAGAGGCCACGUGCCCGAGCUCCGGCGAUCUCACUGUCGAAACCUCCACGGGCACUUACACAGGGCUCAUCGAUCCCGAGUUUCCAAAGACGCGCCAAUUCCGCGCCAUCCCGUUCGCGAAACCGCCCAUCGCGUCGCGCCGCUGGUUGCCGCCGCAGAAGCUCUCGCCGUCGCCAAGCGAGCAUCACUAUGCGACGCGGUUUCCACCGUCGUGCCCGCAGUUCGUCACGGCCGUGAUCUCGCUCUUCAACACGGAUCUGACCAAGGGCAACCUCAUUUACAACGGCCACCAGAAUGACUCGUCGGGGCUGGUGGGCGAGGCCACGUCCGAGGACUGCCUGUACGUGGCCGUGUGGACGCCAACGGCGCCGCCACCCGCCGGUGGAUUCCCCGUCCUCUUCUUCGUGACGGGCGGCGGCUGGCAGAUCGGCGGCAUCGAUAUCCCGUGGCAGAUGCCGACGUCGUGGGUCGAGCGGUCGCAGUCACACAUCGUCGUGACCAUCAACUACCGCGUCAACAUCUUCGGCUUCCCAAACGCGCGCGGGCUGCCCGACGGCCAUCAGAACCUUGGCAUCCUCGACCAGCGCGCCGCGCUCGAAUGGGCUCGGGACAACAUUGCAGCCUUCGGCGGCAACCCAGGCCGCAUCACGCAGUGGGGGCGGUCGGCGGGGUCCGCGGCCACUGAUAUCCAUGCCUAUGCUUUCCGCGAGGACCCCAUCGCCCAGGGCUACUAUCUACAAUCAGGGACCAUCUUCAGCUCCUCGCUGCCCGAGACUCCGGCGUAUUCCAACUUCAGCUUCGUGGCGCGCAACGUUGGGUGCGCGGCCGCCUGCGACGAUGACGACGAUGACGACGGCGCAGCGGAGCUCGACUGCAUGCGCCAGGUGCCGUUCGCGAUGAUCGAGAACUUCAUCGGCCAGUACGGCGAUCGGGGCGCGACGCCCGCGCUGACCUUCAAACCGGUCGUCGACGACCGCAUCGUCUUCGCCGACUACAAGGCGCGGUCCGAGGCCGGCCUCAUCGCGCGCGUGCCGUUCCUCAUCUCCAAUGCGGCCAACGAGUUCUCGUCGCUGGUCCCGUGGCCGGUGGACAACCUGACUGCGGGCCCGUACCAGCCACUGGUGACCGCCUACGACAUUUUAGGCUUCGUGUGCCCGACGUUCAACUCGACCGUGUAUCGCAAUCGGAUGGGCGCCGACGUUCCCGUCUUCCGGUUCCAGCAUGCGGGCACGUUUCCUAAUUUGAAUAAGUACAAGUGGCUCGGGGCGUACCACGCCAGCGACAUUCCCAUCUCCUUUGGGACAUAUCAUCUCCUGGACCACGUGGCGAACACCACACAGUUCGAAGUCGACGUCAGCCAGUCGAUGCAAGACCAUAUUCUCGCCUUCGUCAAGGAUCCGUACCAUGGCCCGCAGAAAACCAUGGGCUGGAAGCCGAUGAUUGCCAGUGACCCGCAUGGUGGGGAUCUCAUCCGCUUCGGCGCCGAUGGGAAAGUAUCGCAGCAUAUCGACGGUGUCGAGGUGGAUGGAGUAUGUCUGGGAAUACGAGAAUACGAUCCAUUCCCAUAAGGGCGACCAUUAGUCAUAAGCUCUACUAGAUGGAUCUCGUUGUAGUGCUCGGAGAGAGCUGCCGUCUCUUUGCAAUUAUUAAUAUGAGGUUGUCCAUGUACGUCUCCUAUGCCCAAUUCAUAUCUAGAUCAGCAUAAUAUGAACUGCUCUAGUGCUUUCACAACAAUGGAGACUCUGUCUGCCUCAUCGCGGAGGCUGACCGGACGGCCUCGGUAC